AAAUUAUGACCACAAUUAUAAGCCGUGCUGGACUCAUAGUAGUGUUAGCUACUGCCACUAGCACUUCGGGUCGAUCUAUACAAUCACCGACGUUUACAAUUGAGGCUAACAUAUUGGGUAAGAAUAAUGUUGCCACUAGAUACAACUUGGGUGACAAAUUCUUCGAACCCGAGGAUAUGGGAAGAGACUUCCAGUGGGUCAGGUCAAAUCAGAUUGGGUAUGUGAAUGAUAGUGGUGAGGACGUGUGUCUAUCAUUCCUUCGCGCUGGCAACAAGGACUAUGUCGGGGUUAAAACAUUGACGGGAAUCCGGCCAUUAUGCGAAAAUACACCAGAGCGUUGGGAAACUUUUAUUGUAAAUGAAAGUGACGGUAGCGCCGAGGAACCGGUUGCUUUGCUGAGAGACGGUACCAGUGGACAGUGCGCUUACCUGGCGACAGAUAGAGGGAACGGUAAACAAGAGGAGAAAUACUAUCUUGGCCUAGGAGACUGUGAAGCUACUCACCGAGCUAAUCUAGUAUUGGCUUUAAAGACUUAUGAAAGUCCAAGCCCUUCCCCAAGUCCGUCCCAAUCGCCCGUAAAGGGUGAAGUAAGUCCAAGCACAUCCCCAAGUCCAUCACAGUCACCCCAAUCACCCGAUAGACCGAUGCACCAGGUUUGUGAUUGUAACGAAGGCGUACUACUUGACAAUCUGUGCUAUGACUCACUCAAGGAGGCUUUCGAUGACGCCACAGACGAUGUUACCAUACACGUAGGUGGCGUUGUAGUGAAAGUGUCGGAACCCAUAGAAUUUGAUUCGAGCAUCACACUUCAAGGACAUGCAUGCGCUGAUGAAGGUAACAGGGCCAAGAUCAUGGCUGCAUCGGGCUUCGAAACACUGUCAGGAGCUAUGCUUAAGGCCACUCAUCCGGAUGAACAGAAUAUAGUUUUCAAGGAUUUGGAAAUCACCAGCGAAUCUGAGGGUCAGUACGUUGCCGCAUUUCAUUCUUUGAGCGAGUCUGAUCUCGAGGGCGAGGGUGGAAACCAAAAGGUGCAACUCGUCUGCAAUAAUAUAUACAUACACGACAUGCAGAGUCAAGAGCCGGGUGUGGGCAUAUUUCUAAGCGGCACCAAUGCGUUGACAGUAGAUGACCAAUGCCUGUUUGAAAAUUUACUCACAACCACAACAAUUGGGGACAAAUGGGCCGGUGGCCCAGCUAUUGCGGUUAUCUAUCUUCCUGAAUCAGGCACAAUCAAUAUUGACGGUCAAUUCAAGAACAAUCGAGCGUUUUUUCCCAGUCCGAGCACUAGACAUGCUGGCGGAGGUGCAAUCUAUUUCAACUGGAUGGCAGGCAGUGUAUCCAUUACGGCUCAGUUUAGCGGUAACCAAGCAAAUCAGGGUGGCGCAAUUCAAAUCCAGGCCGUAGUAGGCGAUUUUUUCGAUAACGGAAUUUAUACAAAUAACACAGCCGCCGACGAAGGCAACGGUGCGAGGUUUGGAGCUCUGGGUUGUAUCAAGCUUUAUAGUGGUGCUUCUUUCGUACUUAACGGUUCCUAUAUCGACAAUCUUUCCGAAGGUCGAGGUGGUGCCGUAGGCACCAACAUACAUGAGAGCGACAGUCUAUUUGCUAUACAAGGUACCUUUAAAAACAAUAGAGCCCUCAACGAUGGGGGUGUUUGGGGACGGUGGUCCAGCACGACUCUCAAGGGAAAAGUGGUCAUUGAUAUCAACGCGACAAUUGAUGGAAAUAUAGCUGAGGGUGAUGACAAUGACAGCAGCGUAUACAACACGGUGUCAUCAAAUGUGAGCAGUGAUAGCAUGUCUCAAUUCGAAUGGGAGCAGCGUACUAUAAGCCAAGUGAUUAAUCCAUAAAUUGCUAUCGAAACUUAUGAGGGUGCGCUAGAAUCAGAAACAUAAAAUGCAUAAUAAGACAAAUCUAGUAGUGAAAUAAAACAAUAAAUAACACUCGUGAUAACGC